UGACAUUUCGAGGUUCUUCAAACUUGAAACUUCAUUUAAAAUACAAAAAACAACAAUGCGUCUAUGCUUGUAAUAUUUUUAUUAAUUUUUAAGAAAUAGAAAAUGAUAUAUCACGGCCGGUUUCAAUUAAAUCUACUUCUGACUCUUCUUAUCUGUGGAUUUCAUAUAGGUUUACAAUAUGAUAUGGAUGAGGAAGUUGCCAUUGAUGUUCCAAGAGAUGAGGACAUGGAAAUGGAAACAGUAGAUGACUCGGAAUCACUAUUGUCCAAUGUGAUGUCUGACAUGAACAGGACUCUUUCUAACUUAUACUUUCAUGUGACAUCAUCAAAUGUAACAGUUGAUAACAGUACUCAGAGCCUCAAUGAAACAAAAAAACUAGUAAAGUGCAAGGAAAUUGUGUACGAAAGUGCAGAUAUUGAGCCAGUAGUGGAACUAAUAAAUGGAAGUGCAUUAGGAAAGCUCUUACAAGUGAAGCCAGAUAUUUCAGGUCGAGAUAUAGAAGCAGAAUGUGUUUUAGUUCUGUUUUAUACUACAGUAUGUCCAUUCAGUGCUCAUGCUGCCCCACACUUCAAUGCAAUUGCUAGAUCAUAUCCUAAUAUUAAGAUGGUAGCUUUAGAUGCCAUGAGAAAUCAUGGUAUAAAUACACAGUAUGGAAUUGUCGGUGUGCCGACAUUGAAAAUGUUCCACAAUGGAAGACCAGUAGGAAAGUUCAAUGGAACAGAGUACAGUAUACAUUUGUUUAGUAAAUUUGUAAAUGCUAUUACGGGUCAAAACCCACAAGGCGUACUAGUGAUGUCUAAAGAUUUUCAUGGGCCUGUCCCAAGUGUUGUAGAGCAACAGACAGAUUACUUUCUGAUAUUGUCAUGGAUGUUUAUUGCGGUUUGUUCAAUUUAUUACUUCAUGGAGUCAAAAUGGUGGACAAUGAUUGUGGAAAUGGUGCAAAAUAAUUGGAGGGAAUCUGUAGCUCAGCAUGAACAUAAUGAUUAGUUAUUUGUGUAAUUAUGUUUUUAUUUAUGAAUAAUUGUACAUAUUUUAAAGACUAUAAAGAGGUUUGUAUCAGUAAAAUUAUAUUUAUUUAAAGAUAUAAUUUUAAUAAAUUACAUACAUAAAAUGCAACAUUCAAUAAAAUAUCAAAAUAUUUUUGCUUAAA